UGUCCUAUCACGUGGGCGGUGUCAACAUUUCAGAUUAUACUACUUCCGGGACGACGAGCGUAUUGACGGAAAGCGAGAAAGGACAUUUCGCGUAUAAGAUGCACACACGUGAAACACACGAAAACCAACAUAGCUGUUAAAACGUGUUUAAUUAUUAAAAAAUGAGCGAAACGAGAGAUGAUCACGGUGGGGAGGCGGACGACGAUCGUCUUUUCCUCGAUCAAGUUCUGAACAAGUUGUAUGAUUUUGGUGAUGGAAAAAACAAAAGAUUGGAAAAGUCUCGGAAAAGAAAGAACUCGGCUAAAGAUGACGUGAACAAUACUGAGGAAAAUACAGAAACAUCAGACUCAGAGCAGCUCAUGACAAACUCAACAGUAUGUGAAAACAUGCUAUCUGGGGCUAAACGAUCCAACGUGGAGGUUGUUACAUUUAUUAAUCCUCUGAAGAAGAACAAAUUAUCAAAGGCUGUUGAACCAAGGCAGAGGCUUUCUGAUGUCAAAGAAAAGAAGAAGAACAGCUCAGAUGAAAAACUAACAAUAGAAAAGGCUCGGUUUGAGGUUCACAAGUUUGGGCUGUCGGGGUAUCAGAAGCAGCAGCAGAGGGUCUUUGAGCAGGACAGAGCCAUCAUGUUGGGAGCCAGACCCCCUGAUAAGCAGUAUGUUAACUACAAAGUGUAUCAACAAAUGAUACAAGAACAGAAGAUGAAAGCCAAAGAGAAAGCAAACUCUGAACCACAGAAGAAAAGAAAGAAAGAAGGAAAAUCAAGGACUGAGAAAAGUAAAUCGUCGUCUAGCGGAGAGCUUGGUGGACAAGUUGGACGCUUCAAAAACGGAAUGCUGGUGUUGAGCUCCAGAGACAUUCAGAAAUUAAAAGUUAAAGUGAAAAAGUAACAGUGACUGAGUUUCUGAAUAUUCAGAAAAAACGACAACAUUCAAAAUGCAAGAACAUUGAAAUCGCAUUUUGACUGGGCUGAAAUUGAUACUUUACCUCAGUCAUUUUACAUAUAGAACAUUUGCAAUGCCCUUAAUGAUUAUUUCUAGGUUUCUUAACUUUGGUGUAUAACUCAUCCCUCACUGUUUGUGCUACAGACAUAAAAUACACCUCAAAUUAUGCAGCUUGCUGAGGUACACUUUUCCUCAAAAUUUGGCAAUUUUUGGGACAUGAGCCUGUUCUAAAAUACCCAAAUAUUAGAGAAACUACCCAGAACACCAAAACGUGUGUGUGUGUAUAUAUAUAUAUAUAUAUAUAUAUAUAUAUAUAUAUAUAUAAAACCUUAGAUUUCCUAAGCAAUUACACUAGCAGGGGAUUUGGCACACCUAAUUUCUUCAGAAAGUGUAGUUUUAUUUACUAUAAAUCAUGCUAAAACACUGCUUUUUGGAGUUUUAAUAAAUCUGUGAGGAUGUGAACUUGGUACAAUCUAAGUGGCGUGAAAAGAAACAAUCAUAGAUGAGAUACUCUGAAUAAAGAUGCAUGGAUCACAGUUUUAUUGUUUAUUAAAAGGGAAAGACACUGGUUUUCUUCUACACUAAGUAGUAAGAAAAGAAUGUCAUAUACAAUGCAUUUGAUAUACAAACCACAAAGACGUACAAAAUAUCACAUUAGUAAGAGGAAAUGAGAGCUCAAGAUCACAUACAGAAGAAAAGCACCGAAAACACACGCACCCACACAUUAGAGUUUGCUUCAAGGAUGAUGAUGAUGAUGAUGGCGGCACACAGCGCCAAGGCUGUGUUCAUUUGUGUGUGUCUUGUGUCAGCAGAUCAAAUAAAAGACUCUUCAGAGAAACAGCUUGUCUUUCCUUUCCAAACUCUUCACAAUGAGAUAAUCUGAGGGCCGGACACCUGACUAAUGUACAUCCACAUAGUUAGUAUGCUGUAUGUAGAAAAAUAAAUCCUUAAACGCUUCGUACAGUGGCAGAUUUUCUGUUAUUGGGACCGUUGAACUUUUUGUGAUGAUGGUCACACUCACAGGCAGUCAUAUUAACCAUACAGCUCUGUAGACCUCAGGACCAUUUCAUUUUGUGUGCUUUUGUUUAGUAUGUCCUUGUUUCUGGAAAAAAAUCCAAUGUAAUUCAUAUGUGCUUUCUUUUUAUGGGUGUUUCCUCAACUUUGGUCACUUUCAUGCAGUAGCCCCUCACUGCAGAAGAUCCAGGGGGCGGGGUUGGAUCCACAUCCAGGGGGUGGAGAUUGGUAGGUUUAGGGGUGGAGAUGGGUGGGUUUAGGGAUCAGGGGGUGGAGAUUGGUAGGUUUAGGGGUGGGGAUGGGUGGGUUUA